AGUGGGCGGGGAGGUCAGGUGACCCAGCUGGCGUCCCAAGAUGGCGGCGAAGGUGGUGCCUGGGAGGCCGAGGCGGUGUCCGGGCUGUUGAGGUGACUUCGCGGGACAAGUGACUGGUCAACCGGACAGAAAGGCUGCGGCGGACGCAAGGCCGCCCCGUGUGCACAGCCGGCGCUGGGCAGUGCAACAGCGGAGCCGGGGGAUGCUGGUGCUGGGCCGGGCCUCUCUCUCAACUUAGGGCGGCGGUGGGCCCGCACCCCUGGUUCCCGGGCCAUGGCGCUGAGGGAACUCAAAGUGUGCCUGCUUGGGGAUACCGGUGUAGGUAAAUCCAGCAUCGUGUGGCGGUUCGUGGAAGACAGUUUUGAUCCUAAUAUCAAUCCAACCAUAGGGGCAUCUUUUAUGACCAAGACUGUCCAGUACCAAAAUGAGCUACAUAAAUUCCUAAUCUGGGAUACAGCUGGACAAGAACGAUUUCGUGCCUUGGCACCGAUGUACUAUCGAGGGUCAGCAGCAGCCAUCAUCGUUUAUGACAUCACAAAAGAAGAGACGUUUUCAACACUGAAGAACUGGGUGAGAGAGCUCCGCCAGCACGGCCCCCCCAGCAUUGUUGUUGCCAUUGCAGGGAACAAGUGUGAUCUUACUGAUGUCAGAGAAGUCAUGGAAAGAGACGCUAAGGACUACGCUGAUUCCAUUCAUGCCAUCUUUGUAGAGACCAGCGCAAAAAAUGCAAUAAACAUAAAUGAACUCUUUAUAGAAAUUAGUCGAAGAAUUCCAUCCACUGAUGCCAACCCGGCGUCUGGCGGCAAGGGCUUCAAACUCCGAAGACAGCCAUCGGAGCCAAAGCGAAGCUGCUGCUGACAACCCAGGGCCCCACCCUGAUGAAGAAGCAGGUGGUCCUGGAUGUUGCAGGAGAGCCAGGCCCUGCCACUGGUAGCCGCCUUGUGCUCGAGAGUCUUCUUGAUGCAAAAGGACUCAGAGGAAAUGGCUAUUUUGUUCUCUUGGAAGACUGCAAUGGGUGUUUCUGACUGCAGACUUCUGUCGAUGGACUCUGGCAUGCAAAGGGACCACAUCCUUGGCUGUUGACCUAGCUGAAAGGAGCAUCUGAUGUAUGGGUGGUAGGAUUGACUUGCUGGUACUUGUAAUCAGGAUUUUAUGUAUUAUUUGUAAAGGGAAAUGAGCACUUUCAUGGAUCUUAAGGGAAAGGCUGUGGAGAUGGUCAUCUCCUAGGUCCUCAUCUCUAGUGUCAAAGUCACAUCAUUUAAGAUGUGCAAAGUGACCACAAGGGGAGGGAUGGUUGUUCCUGGGACAGAGUCCACCAUCUCUAAAGCACUUUCAUGCACAGAAAAUUAACACCACAGCAGCAGCAGCAGCAGCAGCUGCCUGGUUCACCUUGGGUUUGCUUUUGACCCUGAAUGUGUUACCACACACAUUAGAUUUAUUGUUACCAUUUUAAAUAAGCUCUCCUGGUCCAGGUGAUGGUGUGGAGAAGCUACCUGGAGCCAGUUGAGUUGCAUGUGUCUAAACUGAUGAGCAGUGGUUUCAAAAGAAGAGAGAAAGAACAAAGGAAAUGAUUCUUUUGGUGGUGUUUUUUGUUAUUGUUGUUGUUGUUGUUGUUUUCCUUUGGCCCAGGUAUUUGGUGGGAAGAACAAGUAUGUGCUGCCUAGCAUAUGUAAAUUUGUAGUCUAUAUUUAUGAGACCAUUGCUUAAAAAUUAUAAAUUAUGUAAAUACAUUAUUAACGUCUGAAUUCCUUUCAGUACUCAUUUAGUCCUGUGCCCAGUCUCACGUGACCCCCACCCGUCUUUCAGCCUGUCCACAGGAAACUCUGAAGCCCAUUUACAUUGUGCAGAAGCAUGGAGCACUUAGCUCGCAGCUUCCUUCCUCUCCCCUCGCCCUUCUGCAUCCCAUCUGGAAAUGGUAAUAAAGACAUAUGCCUCCUUGACAAGCCUGACUAGUCCUUCCUGCCUGGGGCGAGAGUGAGCCCAGCACCCGUCAUUUACCUGGGGCGAGAGCGAGCACUUCUUAGCUCCUCCAGCGAGCUCAGACCAACUGUUCUAAGAGUGCUUUGCUUACCAACAGCCCGCCUCACCUCUCCCUCCUUUACUUUCUCUUGCCUCUGUUAGUGCUUUACACUCUUUUCCCUCAGGGGCCUAAUGAGGUUUUUAAUAUAAUCUAAAAAUAAAGCACCCAAGUGAAGCUGCUGGAAAUUUGUUCCUGGCCUAAUUUGGCGCCCUUCCAGCCCGAGUAUUGUAAGGGAAGGAAAUUUACAAGAUUAAAUAGGAAAUGAAACAGCUUGAAUUUCAAACGAAAUUGUGUUUUCAAAGCUGUCCUUAACUGAACAGUCAAAACUUUUAAAAACAAUUGUUACUACUUUGUGCCCCUCCCCUACACACUUAAAAUGGAGAGGUUUUAACACACCGGCAGCCCAGGUGACGCCAACCUGAGUGUGGCCUUGUCACCUUCUCUAUAAACAAAACAAAACAAAACAAAAAAAAAAAAAAAAAAAAAAAAACGGCUAACGGCUUGCCUCAUGUGGACGAGGCUACCAAAAUCUGGUAUGAAUUCCUGACCUGAAGAGUCAGGUCAUUCUGGAAGCCAUGGCUCAUCAGUGUGCACGGCAGCACCUCUGCCUCACUGUGCUCUGCUGCAUCCCCUCCUGCUCUCCUCUGUGGGCCGUGGCUUCUCUAGCUAGCUUCCCUCUCAUGUCACAUGCGGGGAGGGACUCUGGCCACGGCUGCAUGUCUUAUCACCAGGAUGAGAAGCAUGGGCUCUGCGUUAAUGUCUUCCUCAGCCUCUCUGUCACCAGUCUGCUCUAGAGACAAAGGAGCCAUGCUGCUUGUGGUAUCAAGUACUGCUCAGUGACAGCAGAUUUCCGUCAGGCCCACCCUUCUUGCUCGGUGGAAGACAGGGAGAUCGCCACUUACUUUCCCCUUAUGCAUAUUAAAAUGUAGUCAGACAUAGUGCUUUAUUUUGACCAUGUUUUAGAUUAAGCAGGAAUCUAAUAUAAAUUCCUUGUUUUUCCUGGCUGUUUCUUAAGAGAAAUAGCCAGACUCCAAAGGCAUUAAGACAUAGCCUCUCCAUAAAAGUCUUUGGUUCCCUUAUGAUGCAAAGCCAUUUUUAAAAGCUUUGAAGACUGAACAGAAGGGGAAGAUCUUUAAUUAACUGCCGGUGUGUAUUGAUCUCUUUCAGAGAAACUGAAAUAAGCUCUUUGCAGGUGUCCGAUCCUAGGAGCCACUGUCUCUCCAUCUCUCCUUCUACAUAAGUGUUUUUCUGAUUCUGUGAUAACUAAUUAACUAUCAUUUGGUGAUUAAAAGAACAUAAAGUGAGAGUCUGAUUAAGUGUCCUUCAGUGUAAACUCUGUGAGAAGUGAUUGGAGAGAAACACCUACCAACAAGCCCUUCUGGUUCCCAGUGAAACGCUGUCACCCGCCUGUCAGCUGCAGCCAAGACAAGCCCUGUACAUGGCAGCCGAGAGAUUUAUUCCUUUUAAAAUAGCCUAGGUCCUUGUUCCCAUUUAUGAUGAUGUUUGAAGUGCCCGCCUCCUCUCAUUGUGCUCCUGUUCCUUCAAUGCCUACCCAGGUCAAAAUAUCGAGAUUGUCUUAGGAGAGGCCAGUGUCUUUGAGAUUAGCUGUCCUCCGGCUUUUUUAAUAUAUGAAAAGGGGGUGACCCACAUUUAAUUUUAGAAAUUCUUGUAAGUCUUACAUCUGUUCCUUGUCUCCAGGAGGAAAGUGGGUUUGGGGGUUUUCUAAAGCUCUAAAAGAUAGAAUACUGAAGGUGCCUUGUAGGUAGCUGUCUGCUAGCACUGCAGAGAAUCUGCUGCUGUAUUUCAAGGGUACCAUGUUUGAAUGGGUAGAUUCGGUUUGGGAUACACUGCAUGCCAACACGUCAGCAUCCCAGACGGCAACAGUUCACUGCCUUGUGUCCUUUCCUGUCGCAAGUGAAGUGGACGGGGUUCAUCUCGCACUUCUUCACUCAUCCAGAACCCGCAGAGACCAUGACCCACAGACCCUCAAAGUGGAAGACAGCACACUGUGUUGUCUCUAUAGCCAGGCCCUGUGUCUGUGGGAACCUGCAGGAGUCAUGAGGGAAUCCUCACUUAGGGAACCCUUUAACUCCGAUCUGACCUCCAUCCCUGCUUCAGAACAUGGCAGCCGGACAGGCUGACUUUUCACAUUAGACUCAUUGGGCUGCUCGACCUGACUAGCAGUGGGAGCUAGGUCAUGGAAUGCCUUGCAGUCCCUCAUUUACAUGUGUUUUUAAGGGAUGAGCACCACAAUCUUUGUUUGAUUUCAAGAUACGUUCCUCCGCCUCUUACUAGCUCAUUAGUUUGUUUGGUUUUUUUUAACCUUGUUUUUUUUUUUUGUUGUUGUUGUUCUUUUGUUAUUUUGUCUUUUGUUGUUGUUUGUUUGUUUUUCCAGAGCUGAGGACCAAACCCAGGGCCUUGUGCUUGCUGGGCAAGUGCUGUACCACUGAGCUAAAUGCCUAACCCCAGCUCAUCAGUUUUUAAGGACAAAAUGGGGUGUACCUUUGAGGUUCAGUCUGUCAGCCAUGCCCUCCCUUAGUCUCCUUGGCUUAUCAAAAAAAAAAAAAAAAAAUUCAAUGAUAUGAUGCUUGAGAUAGCCUGUGAAUAUGAUUUUUUUUUUUUUAAAUGGAGCUGGUGAGAUGGCUCAGCAGGUAAAAGCACUUGCUGCCAAGGCUGAUGACACAAAUUCAAUCCCCGGAACCUACUUAGUGGAAGGAGAAUUCCACAAGUUGUCCUCUGAUUGCCACACGUAUCCUUAGACAUACACAUUAGUAAAUGUCAUCAUUUAAAAUAUUCUGAGCAGCAAAUUAUUUAGAAGAUAAACAAGAACACUGCACUUUUAGGAAAGGAGGGUCAGGUAGAAUUUAGUUUGAGACUUAGAGGAAUGACCUCAGUGAAUUUCCUGUGACAGCAGAGAGGCUCGUCUUGACUUCCAGUAAUAGAAAACCAGGCAAUUUGAUUAUCUGAUUUUCGAGAAAUGUUAAUGGAAUUCCAGGGCAUUUGUCCUGUUUUAUGUGCAAAUGAAAGUCUAAAAAAUAUUAGAAGGGUAUUACACUUUGCAGGAGCCUCCCUUCUGCAUCUCAGAAGGUGAUGAGUGAGGGGCCUGCCGUGAUGAAGUUCAUUAGAUGUGCUGCGAAGGGCAGAUGAAUAGAGCUUGGAAUCGCCGUAUUUCUCAGCUCGUCCUUCAGGGUGCUCUUAGCAUGUAGGAGAGUGAUUUACUCUCUGAAGCUAGGACUUCAACCAGCAUAGAUCAAGUUUAAUUUGAUGGUCUGUACUAUCAGAAAUAACUAAUAUCUGUGUUCUUUCCUUUCAGAGAGUAAUCAAUUAUAGAUGUGCUAGAAUAUUUUGGCUUCAAAACAAAAGGAUUCAGAAGUUUAAUAAUAAAAAAAAAAAUAGCUCAGACCUUCCAUCGAUUCCUUUUAUUAUGUUGAACAUUCUAGGUAGCAGGAUUAGAAUAUAUAAAUAGUAAUGGUGAGAUUAAAACCAUAAUGUCUAACAAACUUGAGGAAAAAAUGUUUUAAUUUGCUCUGAGUUCAUUUUAUGGUGCCCAGUGUCUCAUCAAAAUGCUGCAUAAUUACAACAAGCAAAAAACCGGGGUAGCUCUCCACAGACAGGACUUAAGUUCCUAAUUCUAUCUGCCAAUUAAUGGGGGGGGGGGCAGUCCUAAGACUAUAAUGAUCUUUUUAAAGAGCCUUCUUUAAUUGACAGUUUUCAACUGUGGGUCUAAAUGUCCUUCUUAAUCGCACAGUAGAAACAGCCUGCUGGCUCCUCAUGCUACUUCGACUGAGGAGCUUCCCAGUGUUUAGAGGCAGGUUGUUUGCUGUGGUCCAUUCAAGGGAAUCGCCUUUAAAAUAGCAUGUUGCAUGUGGGGCCCAUGAUCUUUACUCAGAACUAACAUUGUCAAGGAGGCAGAGGUCCCAAACAUUUAAAGCCAAGUUGUGUGCUUUAUCCACUGCACCAUGAGGCAGGUCUUGAGUCAGCUGCACAACCAGCCCGGAGCCUGCCCCAUGCUCCCCUACUCUACACCAUUGCCAGGCACUGCCCACAAUACUGUUGUCUUUGAGGACUAGCCCUAACGUUCUUUGACCCAUCAUGAACACUUGGCAUUUAUACUUAAGUAAUCCAUUUUACACCUUGAAAAAGCUUGGAAGCAAGACUGGGACUUCUUUCCCUCCCAUUCCUGUUUGAAGUUGCUGCAUGGUGCACGAAACUUUCUCAACUUGGGUCAUGCUCAAGAUGUCAGAAGGACCCGUCAGUUUGGUGGGGGAGAAUGAUUGGCAGCUGGGCAGUCAGAGCAGCUGAUGGUGGCUCUAUUGUUAAGCCAUUUGUUGUGCUGUGUAGACAGAGCUUUAUUGCCCUGGGAAGAAUUUUUUUUUUUAACUUGUCCCACUCAGUCUUCCCAUCAUUUUACAUCGUGAGUCACUCAGCAUCAUCAAUCACUGCUCUGCCCUUCAGAAGUUACAGCCUGCCUUCUAUUUGAUGGACGCUGAAUUCUUGCCUUACUCUCAUUUUCUGUGGGCUCUCCCUCAGGCACCCUGGCCCAGCCACCUAGGCACACAUGACAUGCCCUUCUCUGUGGGUUAAAGAGCCCCGAGGACUUCUAGAAGGGCAGUGGGCAGCAGGAGUCCAUUAAGGCAAACUCCACUGAGUGACAGAAUAUGAUCUGUCAAGGGUGACAGGAUGAUGGGCUCAAGGGUAGGAACUCCACAGAUUUUGUAAGAGAGCACCUGUUAAAGAGUUUAAAAGUCCAAAUCAGACAUCUAGAGAGAAAACCUAAGCCUUUAUACCAGCAAUCUUUAUUUCUCUAAAAGUGCCAUCCUUGUCAAGACCCAGUGCAGGGAGUAAGCGACUUGUGCCUUUAAAAUAGCAUCUAUAUAAAAAUCGACUUGCUCCGGGUUUCUCAAGCCUGGUAGCUCUCUGAACAGCCUGAACUUAAAACCGUGGCUUCACAACAAGUGACAUACUGCCUGGUCACCUGUAACAAUACUGGAAUGAGGAUUUGCUAAGCCUGAAUGGAUGUUUGAUGAUAGUUUUUGCAGUCUGACCUUGGGCUGGACCUAAGUCUAUGUAAACUGUAUGAUGUCUGUUUUGUUUGUAAAUGCUGACAAAAGAAAACUUGGCCUUUUGCUUUUUUGUUGUAAGGUUUUUCUUCUGUGUUCUUCUGUGUACUUCUGUUUGCAGAUGGUAGACCUGGCAUACUUUGGAACAGUGUUCCUUCAGCUUGACUUCCAUCGUAUGCUUUGAUAGAGUGUGGCAUGCCCUGUCACUAUAGAAUCUGUGUUAAGAAUGGUGCAAACAUUUGUUAAUAAAAUGCUAUGUUUACAGAUGCA